GGGGCCACUGGAGUAGGGAGGCUACACCGCGCGGGGCAGUAUGGGACUCAGUGGGCAACGUGGGCUGGGACGGAAGCCUCGUUGGGUCAGACCGUGGCGACGCGGGAAGUCCAGACGCUGUGGCUGUCUGAAGAGGAGGCCUGAGGCGGAGGUGCAGCCUUGGUGGCGGCAAUGGCGGAGAGGCCGGAGGACCUAAACCUGCCCAACGCCGUCAUCACUAGGAUCAUCAAGGAGGCGCUCCCGGAUGGUGUCAACAUCUCCAAGGAGGCCCGGAGCGCCAUCUCCCGUGCCGCCAGUGUCUUCGUGCUGUAUGCCACAUCCUGUGCCAACAACUUCGCGAUGAAAGGGAAACGCAAGACGCUGAAUGCCAGCGAUGUGCUCUCGGCCAUGGAGGAAAUGGAGUUCCAGCGGUUCGUUACUCCGUUAAAAGAAGCUCUGGAAGCGUAUAGGAAGGAGCAAAAAGGCAAGAAGGAAGCUUCUGAGCAAAAGAAGAAGGACAAAGACAGAAAAACAGACUCAGAAGAGCAAGACAAGAGUAGGGAUGAGGACAAUGAUGAAGACGAGGAACGGUUGGAAGAAGAAGAACAGAAUGAGGAGGAGGAAGUGGACAACUGAAUAGGGUGAGGAGACUGUGGCUUCUGGAAGGCACCACUGGGAAAUGUGGUGACGUUUAUGCGAAGCUGUUUUCUACUGGGCAGAGCAGCCUUAGGCAGAAGAGCCUGAGAAGAUGGAAAUGAAAACUGGCUAGAAAUAUCAAAACCAGCGCUUCCCAAACUCAGAGCCUCUGAGUAGCAGAAUCCUGUUUUGCUUAAUCAGUCUGAAGGUUAUGACUUUUUGGCAAGAGGGAUUCCGAACUGAUAAUCAACUUGAUCUUGUUUACUUCCCUGUAUGAUUAGGCUGUUUUUAAUUGCCAGUUCCCUUCCACCUCCACCAAAAAUAGUAACUUCCAUGCCACCUGCUGUGUUCCAGAUCACAGGAGGCAGCCGAGGCUCAGGAAAAAUGGGGCUUAGAUCAUGGACAGCCUGUUUGUAGUGUUUGGCAGUGCCAGCUUACUACAUGUGGUGAAAAUGGCAUAGUUUUAAGAAACUACUAAAAGGCUGUGGGAGAACAAUGAAAUCUGGGGUCUCCUCACUUGACAGUGACAUUAUUUCAUUUUGGUUUGUACCGACCCGCUUGGCUUAGGACCCUUCUAGAUUGCCUGUAGGCAUUUGACCUGUUGGGGUGGCUGCACUCUGGGCACAUAGGCUUUUAAAUCCUUGGUAUAGAGUGGAAUCAGUCAAGCAAGUGUGCCAAUGUCUUACUCUUACAAAAGGGAUGGUUUAGUCUUGGAUGCACCUCACUGUUUGCCAUUGUGCAGCUUUAGAGUUUGUUGUCACCUCCUGGAAGGUAUAAAAUACCAGGCUUUCUCUUCCUGUAGUCCAUUUACUGGACUUGUGACUGUGGCUUUCCAUUCUUCCAGUUCAUGACAAGUUCCAAACUUUAUUUCUUCUAGACACAACUUUCUCCUUCUGUGCUUCCCACUUCCUGCCUCUCCUCUGCUCCCCAUCCCCACCCUCUUCUCCUUUUCUCACUCUGCCAGUGCAGGGACUUUGAUAACCUACUUAACAUCCCAAAGUGCAGGUUCCUCUGCUUUCUUAGUUCUAAUCUUGAAUCUUAAAAACGAUUUUUGUAAACUUCUGUGAACCUUAAGGGAAAUCCGAUGGUGCUCAGGAAUUUAAUCCCCCCACCCUGCCCCAACCAUCCCAUUUAACUGCUUCUAAAGUACCUCUGUUGACCUUUCUUAGGGUUUUUUUCCCUCUUUCAUUUAGUGCUCCAAGCACUUCGUUUGUCUCUAAGGCAUUUGACAGGUAGUGAUGUGUAAUUUGACACUGUUAAUUGUUAAAUUAAUACAGUGAAAAAUUUGUUGAUAAUGAGUGAAGAAUGUUGAGAAAAUUAUAGUGCUUUGUACAAAUAAAGAACAUUGUUGUUA